CCUGUGUGCGCCGCAAGCCAUCCGCCACUGGCCGAUUUUCCAGCGACUCCUAGGGAAAAUCAAUAGGGAGUUCGUCGAGGCGCGGCAGAGCGAGGCAGGAGGGAGAAUUUCUUCGAACUCUCUACGACGCGCUCGUACGGGCUCUGUCCACUACUCCCGGAAAAUUUACACUAUUUCAAGUCAGUAUACCAUAAAAACGUUCACUGCGUUUUGUCUUGGUUGUACUGAUCGUCGUUGGUACGUUCUAGUGAUCAAUGUGGAAUCUCUACAUGAUCGGUAGGAACGAUUUGGUAUUUUGGGAAUGUUGUUUGGAGAGCUGCACAGAGCUCCAGUAGGUCUACAUUUGAGUAGCGUCUUUUUAUCGGAUGUUCGCAGCCCUUAUUGCGCCCUACUCACCACACUGAUCCGUGGCAUGGCAGCUGUCACGGCUCAGCAGGCCCACGAAGACGAGGGCAUCUUUCUCGAGAAUGGUCUUUUGAGUUAUGAAAACCCGAACUAUCGGCUCGGUCCAUCUGAUCAUUUGGACGAUGCCCUGAACUCCAACACUGAACAGAAUAUCUACGAAGAGAUCUACCAGGAACUGAACGACAUCUGCAACAUGGGUCAUGGUGUGAAAGGACCUAUUUCGAGCACGGCCAGCAGAAAAACGUACGCUACUCUUGACGUUGGAUCCAUGGGGGUCGAUUUGAACUCGGGCCCUGUCACGCAAGACUUUAUCGACAACAGGAGGGGUAAUGAGUGGAACGGAAAUACCAUGUCUGAAAAGGAUAAGAAUGAAAGACCAACUGUUUGGGAAAAUAUAUGCGACCAAACUAACAACAAAGAAGAUGAAAAUGCCAUUCCGCAUAUCGUAGGGAACAUUACAAAUGAUCUAUAUGCUAUCCCAGUCAAACGAUAUGCUCAGAAAGCUGAUCUUGACAAAUGUAGCCCAGAAAAAGAAUGGGAUUGUCAAAACGAACUUCCUCCCGGUUGGGAGAAACAUGAAGACGAAGACGGACCAUACUAUUGGCAUAUAAAGAGUGGCACAAUCCAAAGAGAAAUACCAGUAGCUAGCAAGGACAGCAUACCCAAAUCGGAAUCAAAAUUCGAUUUGAAAGAGAGUGAUUUGAUCUCUUCGUUUGAGAGUAACUUUUCUGUAACUAGAAGCACCACAAGUUCAGCAUUGGAUCUUGAAAGUGACGAUAGGAAGAGGAAAGAAGAAAUGGCUUUGAAGAGGAGGAGCUUCCCUUCAAAAGCUGAUCAAGACCAGAAGGAACGUCCAAUUCGAUUUGCUGUGCGAUCAUUAGGUUGGGUGGAGAUUCCAGAGGAAGAUUUAACUCCAGAAAGGAGUAGCAAGGCUGUAAAUAAAUGCAUUGUGGAUCUGUCAUUAGGAAAGAAUGAUAUUUUGGAUAGUGUCGGAAGAUGGGGAGAUGGCAAGGAUUUGUUUAUGGAUCUAGACGAAGGGUCAUUGAAGCUGUUCGAUCCUGAGAAUUUAACAGUUCUUAAUACUCAACCAAUCCAUACAAUUCGUGUUUGGGGUGUAGGAAGAGAUAAUGGACGGGACUUCGCGUACGUGGCCCGCGACCGCACGAUCAGGAAGCACAUGUGCCACGUAUUCCGCUGCGACAUGCCGGCUCGCGCGAUCGCCAACACUCUACGUGACAUCUGCAAGAAGAUCAUGAUUGAACGCAGCCUGCAACAGAACCUGGCAAGGGUUGUGGGCGAAAUGGGGGGCAAUAAGGUGGCAGGGAAUGUGGCAGCCGCCGGCACAGCUUGCAGGCCGAACAACUUGCCGAUGGAGCAUCGGAGGCAGACACGGCCCGCCGGCACGUUUUUGAUGACAUCUUUUCCAACUCCGAUGGAGGAACCAAAGAAAAUUCUACGAGCACAGUACUUAGGCAGUACCCAGGUCUCGUCGUCCACGGGAAUCGAUACUUUAAAUGACUCUAUUGACAGAUUGGUAGCUAGUGUUCCGCCAGAAGAGUGGACGUCAGUCAACGUCGCCAUUGCACCUUCAAUGAUCUCCAUACAUCAUGCAGCUGAUGACCGGGUGUUAGCCGAAUGUCGAGUUAGAUAUUUAUCAUUCUUAGGAAUAGGCAAAGUAGUGAAGCACUGUGCAUUUAUAGUACAUACAGCGCAAGAUACCUUUAUGUCGCACGUAUUCUACUGUGAACCUUCGUCUGGAGCUUUAUGUAAAACCAUAGAAGCAGCUUGUAAGCUGAGAUAUCAGAAGUGCUUAGAUGCACAUCCACAUGGAAUAAGAAACACGACUACUAGUAGUAGUGCAACUACACCCAGUGCAGGCAUUGGAGCAGCUUUAAAAUCGAUUGUUGGUUCACUUAGAGGACGAAAAAGCAAAAGCACAGAAUCCUGAGAUAAAAGCAAUACUCUACAGGGGUACGCGAUGAACCCGGUAGAGCGCGAGGUAAUCAAGCACAGACAUCUACAGUCUCCACAUACCGGUAGGUAUUUCAACAACAGCAACAGCAGUAGCAACACCGCCAUCUUGCCAUCUCAUCACAAUCCCCUCUCUCCGAUUUCCCCUACCAUGGAUCUGCUUAGGCGUCUCCAUUUGUCCACAAACUGGGACUCGCUCAUUUACUGAUGCGUUUUUGGCCGGACAACAACGUAGAAUAAGUCGCUUAAAUUCUAAGUUACGAUUCGGUCUUUGGUACUCGACGCAAGGGAUGAAUGGUGGAUCGUCAUUCUAUAAGAGUUGUCUCAUCAAUUUUAAAAGAACAGUUAAAUCAUGUUAAAUCUUGAAAGAUUUUUUACGGAUUCAGGAAGUAGUACCUCUAGAUCGCGAGUGGCGUGUAAAAAGAAAAUUGAUAUCGGUUCAAAUGUCGCUAUCUAGAAUCAGACAGCUACCAUUACUUUGUCUGUCAAUAGACAGUUUUGGCAGUUACAAAUUCCGCAUAUGUAAAUGUUAUAACGUCAUUUAAAUCGUAAGAAGCCAACGGAUUAUAGGCUAACGUUAACGUUUACGCAUGCCAAAACUCUCUGUUGUCUAAUCAAUUAACAUAUCUUCACUUAAAAAGAUUACUGAGUUCUUCUAAAGGAAACUUAUUUCCAUUUUCUUACAUCUUUCAUGCAAUAAGUUAUAGCAGAGUUGCGAAAUUCGUAUACAGAGAAAUCCAAAUAUCACUGACAAGGUAAUGCGUACGAGAGAGAGGCUCGAGAAGCGUGCAAUACGUAUGUUUUACAAGGAGUGCGCCGAUGGCAACGUCCAUAGCCUUGUCAUUCGGGUUGCUAGGCAACGUGGUGCUUCGAUCUCUGCCUUAAGAUACCUAUUGCACGCUUCCUGUGCUUUUCUCUGUCGUACACGACAUAGUGAUAUAUGGAUUUCUCUGUAUAUAAUAUGGCACUAUAAAUUCCUCUUUUAGAAGUUGAAUAAAUGAUAAUUCUUAUACAGAUACAAUGUUACAAAAUUUUCACAUGAACAAUAUUGGUGUAGUUAGGGAUCUAACAUACACUCGACAGCAUACCAAACUAUUAUGUGCGAUUAGGUAAGAAACGCCAUCUAAAAGUGUGGCGUGCCAAAGCUGACACUGUCCUCAGCCAAUAUGCUGGAAUGACAGAAAGACCCCUACGUCUUCGGGCUUGUAUUCGUUUCAGCCAUACCAAACUAUAGUACGGAGUCGUAUAUACAAAGGGUACUAUAAAAUAUUUGCAAUGCAACUUUAUUUAUUGACUUCGUUCAAAGUAGUUUACACCACAUUUCAAUACGCUUCUGCAUCCGUCAAAACCAGUCCUUAAACCGGCUCUGCCAAGUUUCACCCGGGAGUGCGGUAGACUCGUUGUCUCAAGCCCUCAGAAGGUCCUCAUCGCUAGAAAACCGUUUUCCUUUUAGCUUCAUUUUCACAUGCGGAAACGCUGCAAAGUCGCAGGGAGCAAGAUCUGGACUGUAUGGAAGGGGCUCGAAUAAGUUUCAGUCCAGUAGUGGUCAAAUACUCGGUGCAGGCGUUGGCGCGGUGAGCUGGAACUUUGUCAUGGUGGACAUACCACGUGUCCAUUCUUGACUUUGGCCGCAGGUUUUUUAUAACUCUAUGACUUAAGCUGUGACUGUCUUGUGUCCAAAACGACACGCUUAACAGUCCCGCUCGAUUUGAAAAAUACAGCUAUCAUUUUUUCUUAACAGAUCGGGAUUCUCUGACGGCUCUGGGUGUGUCAUCAUCAAAGACCCAAAAUUUGCUUUGCGCCUUGGUCAGCACAUCGUAAUAAUAGAGCCAAGUCUCGUCACCUGUCAGAUGUUGUUCACUUACCGAGAUUGCCCCUUAUCAAAAAUGUUCAGCAUAUUUCGGCACCAUGUCGUACGACGAGUAUUCUGCUCUUCCGUUAGACUAUGCGGUACCCAGAAAGAACAAAGUUUGCUUAAGUGUAAAUGGCCAUGCAGAAUUGAAUGAAUUGCUGGUGCAUGAAGGUGUAAGAUCUCCUCUAUCUGUUGGUAUGUCAUUCUCCGGUCUUUGUCAAGCAUUUUCCUCACAGCAGUAAUGUUUUCCUCUGUUACUGACGUUCUCGGCCUUCCUUCCCUCUCAGCGUCCUCCUGACAGAAAUUGCUCCUUUGGAAUUCUCUGUACCACCUGAAUAUAGUCGUACUAUGUGGACAAUCAUUCUUUAAUGCAAGCGUCAUUUCUUCUAAGCACUGGUGUAUGCUUAAACCACGCGUAAAGUUAUACCGGAAAACUGCCAUUAUCUCACGACGUGACCACGAUUGCCCUAGUCCGCACUUUACACUGUCAAUACGAAUGAACAACUAAAUCAACAAACGUGCUGUUGGCGGCUACUAGGCACUCAUGGUCAUGUCUCAAAAUGCAGUAAGAUGCAGCCUCCUGCGUCCGUUUGUUAAGUCAUAUUGCAAAACUUUUAUAAUACCCUUUGUACUAACGCAGAACAAAAGGAACAGAAAAAGGUACGUUGUUAUUAAAGGAAAAUAAUGUUAAUAAUCAAUUCCACACGUCAAAUUAUUUCUUGGCAUAUAAACCAGAUCUUCAUUUAAAAAAAAGUCCAAAAAUCGACAAUAUUUCCUGUAGUGUGGUAAUUUUAUAACGUUAAUGAAAUAAUCAUCAUUUUGUAUAUGGUAUAUUUGAAACACCUUCAUAGUAACUAGUAGUAGUGGCGAGAUUAUUAGUCCCCAUUUAAUAGCUUUAUGUAAUUCAGUAUAUCCGUCCAUAUUUUGCAAAUAUUCAAGAAAUGAUUUUCAGUAAAACAUACAUCAUAGAGAAAAAACCCAUGUUCUUAUGUGUAAAUAAUACAUUGUGGCUUCGUAAUUAACGAAAAGCCAACAGACUGACGUGCUAUACUAUUGUAUUACUAAGUUGUCGUGCUAUUCCGCAGUUUUGAAAUAAAUGGGCUUCAAUAAUGGCUGGUCCAAAAAUUCAUGUAUGCAUGUUUAUAAAUGAUAUAUCUAAUCCAUUGUGCUUCAAUGCUUGAAACAUCCUCAAACUUUGUUGCUUUGAAGGCUCCAAUGUUCAAGUUUUUUCUCUGUAAUGUAUAUUUCGUCUCUAAAUUUCUACCCAUAUAAAUAUGAUUUAUCAUGCAGAUGACACGUAAUGCACUUAAUAAAUUGUUUUUGAUGUUUGUUGUCAUUCUGUGUUUUUUUGGAGUAGUUCAGUUAAUGAAUGUCAGCUUUGAUGAACAUGUUCCAUUAGAAAGUACUGAACUUAAUUGAAAAACCCGGCUGCGCGAAAAUGAGCAUACGUACCAUAGCAUUUCAAAUUGUGAAUAAAUUGAUGUGCCACAAAUAUAUGCCUAUCAAACCAAGGGCGGAUUUAGGAAUCUGUAUAUGGGAGGGAAAGGGCUCAGCCGUGAAGAAGAUGUCUGGGGGAAGAACGUGCACGUCACAGGUUCAGGUCUAGUAAGAUAAUUUUUACAUCAAGAUACAACAAUAAAUACCAUUUUAGUGAAAAAAAAUGCCAGACACCGUCUUCAGGCGUCGUCGUUGUCACCUCUUGGACUGUUGCCGCAGGUUACGGGAUUUCAUUUUCUGUCGUUGAGAAAUUUUGAGACUUCUAAGUCUCAGGAAUAAGUACGAGCGAAAUUGAGUGCUGAUAUUCCCUUAGAGAGUUGAUGUCAGGUUUGAGAAUUAACAGUUUCCUUCAAAUGGGAAAUGGAGUCUGUUUGAAUUACUUCUAUGGCUAAGGGAAUCACGUCUACUCGGCAACAUGGAAACAUCGUUUUGAACAAUAUGUUAUUCAAUCGUGUCAGUAAUUGUUUUAUUCAUAGAACUAUGACGAAAAUACCUAAAUGAGUAGCUUUAGUAAAAUUCUCUUAUUUGGAAUCAUUUUCAUUUAUUUGAUUUGCUGACAUCUAUUCGUCUUUCCCACAAUGCGCGAGUAAAACUACAAAGACACGAAUCUCAAUCAUUUAUGCAGGGUGAUGUGGGACGGAGUUAUCGUAUGUAAGUUUAUAAAAGUAUUAAACUUUUGUUGAUUAAAUUUAGAUGGCAAAACAAUAUGAAAAUAAUCUAUAUUUUCUUAAUUAACGCUCUCUUAGUAUUAGUAUUGAAGCUUAUUCAAUAUCUAGGAUAAAUCUAUGGAAAAUCCAGCAUUUUUAUUAAAUUGCAUUCGACUGUCUUGUUCAUUAUUACUUAAAGUAGUACUGUUCACUUGUUUGCAUAUGUUUGAUAUGUGAAUUACUCUGGUCGUACUGAACUUGACAUUGCCUUCGAAAAUACUGAGGUCUACGGUACUAUUUUAAAUGCAAUAUUCAUACAGGGUUUCCGUUGGCAGAAUUCGGAUUUCAAAAUCAAAUGUUUUCGUAACCAUUAGGCAGGAGAGCGGGGAAGGGGCCGCGCUAGCUUCGUUAUUCGUGCGGGUUUUUAUUCACGAUGUUGCAUUGGACGGGAUAACAACGCGCGUUCGCAAUGGAAGCUUAUUUAAAGGCGAAUGAAUCGUGUGCAACUGCUCGUCGACAAUUUUGUUCACGGUACAAUAUUCGACGAAAACGAUGCUUGGAGCAGUGAAAAACUGAUUUGUUAGUGGGUGCGGAGAUUCUGAGCAACAGGAUCAGCAGCAAACAACCCGCAUCUUAGCUUUUAAAGAAAAUAUCGUUCGCGGGGUUAAUGGUAUCCCACAAUCACUUCUGCAGCGAGUGGCACGAAAUACUGAGGCGAGAUUUCAAGAGUGUGCCCGUCCUAAUGGUCAAUAUUUACAUAGAUGACAUGAUUUUUAAGAAAUUAAAUUCGCACUAUUCUUCUGUAUAAUGAUUAUCGAAAUAGAUGUUUACCUUUUGUAGUUUUUUUAAUUUAGACUUUAAGUCCGAAUUUUUCCACCGGACACUCUCUGCAUAAUUAAUUCUAAAGGUAGGUCACAAAUGUUGAGACUUUGUUACUGAAUAACGAUUCAAAGAAAAAAAUUACGUAAGGCAUUGUGUCAUUAUUCAGAACAGUAGAUAUUUGAGAGUUUUUCAUGAAGUCAGUUUACCCAAAGUGAUUUUCACAAAAUUUCGGUAACACUGUCACCAAGGUAUUCGUUAUUUUCAUACUUCAUCUGAAUGUAUCCGGAAAUCUUAGACCAAUGUUAUUAUCUUACCCCAAACAUAUGCGAAUAAAAUAUUAUGUGUCACAAGAGCCACCUUUCAUAUAUGGUAAUAUGAAUGUAAACCAUAACUUUAAUGUACGAUAUCUGCUAGGCCGUAAAUGUGAAUAUCUGUUAUUUCUUGGCACAUAAAGCAAUUAUUUGUAGAACAGUGUAUAUAUGUUAAACAUAGCAAUAUUUGCAAUUUCAACUAUUUUAUUUGAUUAUUGUUCAAAAUAGUCACAUUGUUCUAUAAGCUCUCUGGACCUUUGCAUCUGCAAGUUAGAACCAAAGUUAAUAACACCAAACAUUUUUUAUGUUUUCAUAGUUCUGCUUGUGUUCUUUAUUUUUGGCCUGACGAUAUUGGCUUGAUGGCUAUUUUGAACAUAUAUUCAAAUCUGUUUGUUAUUUAAUUGUACACGGAUAUUUUAAUGAUGCACUGUCAUUUCUCUCGCUACAGAAAUUUUCAUUGAAGUGUAUCACAGCAAAAUUGAAAAUGUAUUUUAGAUAUAUGUUUUAAAAAAGUCCAGUAUGAGAUGAAAAUAUUAACUUUAUAGAGUCAGAUAGGGUACUCCCAAAAUGAACCAAAGGAUAAGUUAUCAUUCACUGUUAAAGGUUACCUUGUAUUCACAAACCGAAACUAUUUGACCAUAAUGAAGUAAAUUCAGUUGAGCCUAACGUUUUCUAGAUAUUUCACUACAAAUCAUCAUUUCUAUUGGCUGUGUAUACCUCAAUUUAACUGUGGAGCUUAAGUGGAUCAUAGCUGGUGCUGUAGAAACACUCAUUACUAAAAGACUGCUAAGCUUCUAAGCAUUGAAAAUAUAAGUGGUGAAACAAAAAGUAUAUAUAUUUGAAAUACAUAAUCGAAAAACUCAUUCAUGUGAAAUAUAUAGCUACUGAAAAUAUUCAUUAUUUUAGGGAAAUUGUUACAAACCCGGUUUAUAGAAAAUGCUCUCGGUAAUAGCUAUUGAAUAUGUGGAAACUAUAAAAUGCUUUGCCCCACAGCAUGUCAUUUUGAAUUUGUAUGAGUAGAUACACAAAAUUACGUUUUUUUUCUUCCUAGAAGUAGUUGGAGUGGCAACAAAAAAUUAAUAUAUUAAUAAUAAUGAAAAUAUAAUUAACAUAUAGUAAUAUGUUAUCACAGGUGAUUCUUAUUAUUACACAAGAAAGUUAUGAUGAGAACCAAUUUGUGGGGACAAGCUUUUCAUAGUUGAUGUUGCUGUUGAUAUUGCAAUUUCCAUUUGUCAUACGUCAACGCGUAUGACCGUCUGCACUUUUUAUUUCCCAAAGAACCUCUGUAAUAAAACUUAGCCAGGUAAGAAAACGCAAUUAUGGAUAUUGAUUUCGUGAUUUUUAUGUAACAAAGUUAAAUUAAGCUUUAAAUAACUGCCGUAUUAUUUAGUUCAAAUAAUGUUUUAAAUAUUUUUCCAUGAGAAAAUUACUUGAUAUUCUGCCAGUAUAUUUUUUGCUUAUGUUAUGUUCAUUGAAUGGGAAGUGGUAUAUGAUAAAAUCAGAUAUUUGUACAACUUGUUAGAUUUAUUUUUCAGUACGUCACAUAAUUUAUAUUAUUUUUGGGUUUGCUAUAUAGUGGAUCUAUCAAAUUAUGGAAGAGUUUCUUUAUUAUCAGAUUGAUCUUGUUCAUCAAAUUAUAAUUUACAAAAGGUUCAGUACAUAUUGCAUUUAAAACUAUUACAUUUCAAGCAUCUUGAAAUUCGUUUUAUCUUAUUUUUACUUAAGUACUAAUUUUUUAGGUCAUAAUGCUUUAUGUCUGUGUUCACUUUUAUUCUCUAAUUCUAUUAUACAUAUUUAUUUUCUCAUAAUCAUAGUAGUAGUGCACUAGACUUAAAUAGAAGUAUUACAUAAAAGCAUUGUUGCAUAUUGAUAUCCAGAUCGUGCUUGUAAAGAGAAGUAUUACGCUUGUUUGUACCAUAAGAAAAUAUUAAACAUUCAACAUGAAAAAUCAAUGAACAAUAAUUGUGGUAUGGUGUUUCAUUGUAAAUAAUUUCAGAUGCUAUUAAGACUGCUUGAAGUCCUUUAUAUAUCUGCUUAGUGAAAAGAAUGAAAGGCAACAAAAUAAAUGAUUUUUUGUA